UCACAAAUAAUGGAACCUCCAUCUCUGCUCUGCUAUAAUUAACAUUAAAAAAAGAACAAGAAAAUAUAGUAUUAUAGAAGAUGUUGUAUUUUCUUUUUCUUUUUUCUGUAAGUUGAUGCCCCUUCCUACUAUACAAGACAGUUAACAAAAGAUUAUAGUGAACUGUAGAAUAAAUUAUGUCAGAUUCUUGUAUCUUUUGCAAAAGAAUACAACUAAAAGUGGCAAGAUUAAAUGAACAUUCUUAAUCUGUUUCUAACAACAACCCAUGUUCUUCUUUCUUGCUUAUGUUGAUAAACUCCAUCUUCUUCAAAAACUUGCCUUUUUCUUGCAUUCUUUGGCUUUGAGCUAGCACCACUGCUUUCUUGCAAUCUUUUUAUUGUUAUUGGUGGUGUUGUUUGUGCCUCUUCUAUUUCUUGUAUAAUUCUUUUUGGUUCAGAUCUGAAAAUUAAUUGGAGAGUGUUGAUUGGAAGUGAUAGGAUGAUUCAAGAAAGGGCUGCAGAUGGGUUUCUUGGUUCAUAGCUUUCUUGCCUCUGGAAAUGAGAGUUCAAUUGCCAAUAUUGAUUUUUUGAAGAAUAGAAGAGUCUCUUCUGGCUUUUGAGGGAAAGUGGUAAUGGAGAAGAUUCAGAAGGGAGAGCUAUUGGGGAUUCUAUUGCUGGUGAUAAUAUUCAUUUCAGUUAGCAGUGGAGAAGCUGAGUCUAAAUCAUUUUUUAUAAAUUGUGGAACAAAUACAACUGUUAAUGUUGAUGGCAGGAGAUGGGUUGGUGACUUGACUCCUAGUAGCAAUGUAACUCUUGGUUCUUCUGUGUCGAACACCACUACUGCAAGUGGUAAUUCCACCUUGGGGCCAUUAUAUGCAACUGCUCGAAUUUUCACUAAUGCUAUGAACUGCACAUUUGAAGGUAUUCAAGGGAAUUACUUCCUUAGACUUCAUUUUUGUCCAUUUCCUUUGGAAAACCAGAAUGUAAAUGAAUCUUCAUUUGCUGUCAUGGCUAAUGGUCUGAAAUUGGUAUCGGAGUUCAAUGUUCCGGGUGAGAUUUCACUGAAGAAUUCAUACAUUCAAAACUCUAAUAGCAAUUCAAGUUCUCUCUCUUUGGUUAGAGAGUACAUUCUAUUUGAUUUGGAUAGGCUUCUGCUUGAGUUCAUGCCUUCUAAAGGGUCAUUUGGGUUUAUAAAUGCCAUAGAGGUUGUUCCUGUGGUAGAUAAGCUUUUUGCUGACACUGUCAAUAAAGUAGGUGGAAAUGAAGCAAAUUUCAAUUUGAGCAGACGCGGGAUUGAAACUAUGUAUAGGCUGAAUGUUGGGGGUCCUGAGAUCGAACCUAAUCAAGAUUCGGAUUUUUGGAGGAGGUGGGAAAUGGAUUCUAGUUACAUGAUUACAGAAAAUGCUGGUUCUGAAAUCAAUAAUAGUUCUGACAUCACCUAUGCUUCCAGUAACGAUUCCUCGGUGGCUCCUCUUCUUGUUUAUGAAACAGCAAGAACUAUGUCCAACACUGGAGUACUAGAGAAAAGGUUUAACAUGUCAUGGAAAUUUGAGGUCGAUCCCGAUUUUGAUUAUUUAGUGCGGUUACAUUUCUGUGAGCUGGAGUAUGACAAGCCAAACCAAAGGAUUUUCAGGAUCUACAUAAACAACAGGUCGGCUGCCGAUAAUUUUGAUGUUUAUGUGCGAGCAGGUGGGAAGAACAAGGUGUAUCAUCAAGAUUAUUUUGAUGUGCUGUCCUCGAAAAUUGACACCCUCUGGAUUCAACUGGGUCCUGACAAUGCAGCAGGUGCUUCGGGAACUGAUGCUUUGUUAAAUGGGCUUGAGAUCUUCAAGCUAAGCCGGAAUGGGAAUCUUGCCUACAUUGAGAGAUUUGAUACAACUGGUAAUUCUGUAAAAAGUUCAAAGUCACGCGGUUUAUGGGUGGCAAUUGGAGCAGGUGCAGUUUCUGUUCUCAUUCUUGCAGUUAUAUGUACUCUCAUCUUUUGCUUCUGCAGAGCUCGCAGAAAAAAAUUGAGUGACACCAAAGACAACACUGCUGGGUGGCGGCCGCUUUUCUUGCAUGGUUCUAUUGUAAAUAGCAUUGGAAAUGCUAAGGGAGGAGUUCAAAGUUUAAAUGGAUCAACUGCAUCCACUAGAAUUGGCAAACGAUUUACAUUGGCUGAAAUUCGUGCUGCAACGAAAAAUUUUGAUGAAAGUUUGAUGAUUGGAGUUGGUGGCUUUGGCAAAGUGUACAAAGGGGAGAUCGAAGAUGGAACAUUUGCAGCAAUCAAGCGAGCGAAUCCACAAUCUGAGCAAGGCCUAGCAGAAUUUGAAACAGAGAUUGAGAUGCUUUCGAAGCUCAGGCACCGGCAUCUGGUCUCUUUGAUUGGGUUUUGUGAAGAUCAGAAUGAGAUGAUCUUGGUUUAUGAGUACAUGGCAAAUGGGACUCUUAGAAGUCAUCUUUUUGGUAGUAAUCUCCCUCCAUUGUCGUGGAAGCAGAGAGUAGAAGCAUGUAUUGGCGCUGCACGGGGACUUCAUUAUCUUCAUACAGGAGCUGACCAAGGGAUAAUUCAUAGGGAUGUUAAGACAACAAACAUCCUGCUUGAUGAAAAUUUUGUAGCAAAAAUGUCUGAUUUUGGGCUGUCAAAAACUGGUCCAGCUUGGGACCAUACUCAUGUCAGUACAGCAGUGAAAGGAAGCUUUGGAUAUCUUGAUCCUGAAUAUUUCCGUCGACAACAGCUAACUGAGAAAUCUGAUGUUUACUCUUUCGGAGUAGUGUUGUUCGAAGUUGUUUGUGCUCGAGCUGUCAUAAAUCCAACAUUGCCAAAAGACCAGAUCAAUCUUGCAGAAUGGGCAAUGAGGUGGCAGCGGCAGAGGUCACUCGAGACUAUAAUAGACCCAAGACUAAGAGGAAACUACUGUCCUGAGUCAUUGAAAAAGUUUGGGGAGAUAGCAGAAAAAUGUCUUGCCGAUGAGGGAAAGACUCGGCCUACAAUGGGGGAAGUUCUAUGGCAUUUGGAAUAUGUCUUGCAACUAUACGAAGCUUGGAUGCGUACAAAUGUAGCAGAAAGCUCCUUAACAAGUAGUCAGGCUAUGGAGGAACUAGAUGAGAGAGUAGAAGAAAAGACACAGCAGUCUUCGAAUGAAGAGAUCGAUAAACCUCAAAGUGAUGGGUGAUGGAGAAUCUGCAAUAUGGUUAUUGGCAAAAAGAGAUGUUAAAGAAGAAGAAAAACUGCUUAUAAUGCAUAGAUGUGUAUCUAUUGUCAUUGUUAUAACUAAUUCUUUUAUUUUGUUCUAUCAGUUGAGUAUGAGCUUGAACUCUAUUAUAGUUUUAUGCAGUAUUUGACCUGAUAGUGAGGAGAAAUUAUGAUAUUGUCAUAAGCGAUUUAUGACAUAUUAUUCUUUGUAAUAUAGGCAGCCUAUUAGUUUUUGGUGAGCUUUUUAGAUAAGAUAAUUUUAUUUCUGUAUGGAUUUGAAUUAUUAAUAAUCUGGAUGAAAAGUUAGGGUUUCAUGGUUCUUUCUGUUUUGGUUAA